UGUUUGGGACAUACUCUCCCAAUUCAAUACUUCCAAACUCUUCUCAAUUAGUUCAACAUCUCUCUCGCUCUUUGUAAACCCAUAAAAAGGAAGGGAAAGUUGGAGAUGAAAGUGAUGAAUCCUAAAACAGACAAGAUAGUGAGAAGAACGACGAUGAUUGGCACUGUUGUUGCUUCUUAUUUCCUCUUAACGGCUGACUAUGGUCCUGAACCCAAUGUUUUCGACCCAAUUAAGAAGGCAUUACUAUCAGCGGAGAGUUCUGUGAAAGAAUACAUCUUUGGAUCAAAGAAAGAACCCGAAGGCGGUCAAAUGGAGAAGCUGAGCUCUAACAGUGCAAAAGAGCAUUAGUAGGAAAUGUGACAGAAGUUUACAGAGGAUUAUCAUAAUUUUCAGUCUAUUACUGUCAGAGCAAGUUCUUUUUUAAGCCUUUGCUAGAAACUUUCUUGUGGAGUAAUAUAGUAUCUGUACACUUUUAGCCAAAUCCAGUAUAUAACAUUUCUUUUGUUGCUUUGCUUUUUGACCAAAUUGAAGGGAUAGCUUGUUGAUUGAACAACUUGUAUCUUGCUCAAGGGGGUUUACAGAAUGGUUAUUGUUUUCUUCCACCA